AUGAAGCUUGCUGUUCUCAUCGUACUUGGCCUGAUUGUUGCAACUAAUGCUAAUCCACUGAGUAGAUCAUGUGAAUGUGCAGCUGUUUCAAAUACUGUGCAUUUUCCAUUUCAUUCAUGGGAUGUGUCAUCUUGCAAGUUGUGUUCAUGUACGAAUGCAGCCAUGACAAAAUGUGAGGAAAGCUGUAAAACAUACGUCGAAAUUUAUGCAAGCAGCGGAUGUGGAAUGGCUCCCAAAGGCACGAAAGUGAAAUAUUCAUGGGAAGCCAGUUCAUGUUCAAAAGGUAUCAGCCAAGUUGAAUUUACAUGUGCUUAA